CCCGGUUUCAGCAGCAGCGCGGUGUGUCAGUGCGCGUGCUGCUCGAUCGGCAAAAGGAGCCGCGCGAGCUGAAGCACAUCAAAUGAGCCGAGAGGGAGCUUCCGGCGGGGCUCCUUUCCGCGCGCGCUCCUCCUCUCCGUGAUUACAGAAAACAAAUUAACAAACUAAUCAGCACACAUCCGGUUCAAGACGUCAUGGAGGACAAGACGAGCUCGAGGGACGAGAGAGCGGACGCGGGGAAUUCGGUGCAGAGGCGAGACUCGGCGAAGAAAAGCGGUGGAGGAGGAGGAGGAGUAGGAGGAGGAGGAGGUGGUGGUGGUGCGAGUCCCAGCGCGUCCAAAGAGCUCGGCAACUCGGUGAGCGCGAGCGCGAGCGCGAGGACGGACCGGGACCGGGAGGAGGCUGCGGUGGGGCUGUGCGACGAGACCGAGAGCCGACAGCAGCAGUACGGCUUCAUGCAGCGGCAGAUCGGCGCGAUGCUGCAGCCCGGAGUGAACAAGUUCUCGCUGCGCAUGUUCGGCAGCCAGAAAGCCGUGGAGAAGGAGCAGGAGCGCGUGCAGACCGCCGGGUACUGGAUCAUCCACCCGUACAGCGACUUCAGGUUCUACUGGGACUUGAUCAUGCUCAUCAUGAUGAUGGGGAACCUAAUCAUCAUUCCUGUAGGAAUAACGUUCUUUUCCGAGCAGACCACGACCACCUGGCUGGUGUUCAACGUGGCCUCGGACACCAUCUUCCUGGUGGACCUUUUCAUGAACUUCCGCACGGGAAUCGUCAACGAGGAGAGCUCGGAGAUCAUCCUGGACCCCAAGGUGAUUAAGAUGAACUACCUGAAGAGCUGGUUCGUGGUGGAUUUUCUCUCCUCCAUUCCCGUGGAUUAUAUCUUUCUGAUCGUGGAGAAGGGCUUCGACUCGGAGGUGUACAAGACGGCGCGGGCGCUGCGCAUCGUCCGCUUCACCAAGAUCCUCAGCCUGCUGCGUUUGCUCCGCCUCUCACGCCUCAUCCGAUACAUCCACCAAUGGGAGGAGAUUUUCCACAUGACGUACGACCUGGCGAGCGCAGUGGUAAGAAUCUUUAACCUGAUUGGGAUGAUGCUCUUGCUGUGUCACUGGGAUGGAUGUCUGCAGUUCCUGGUCCCUCUGCUCCAAGACUUUCCUCCGGAUUGCUGGGUGUCGCUAAACGGUAUGGUUAACGACUCCUGGGGGAAGCAGUACUCGUACGCUCUCUUCAAGGCCAUGAGUCACAUGCUGUGUAUCGGUUACGGAGCCCGAGCGCCGGUCAGCAUGUCCGAUCUGUGGAUCACGAUGCUCAGCAUGAUCGUGGGAGCGACGUGUUACGCCAUGUUCGUGGGUCACGCUACGGCGCUCAUCCAGUCGCUCGACUCCUCACGCAGACAGUACCAGGAGAAGUAUAAGCAAGUGGAGCAGUACAUGUCGUUCCACAAGCUCCCGGCCGACAUGCGCCAGAAGAUCCACGACUACUACGAGCAUCGCUACCAGGGCAAGAUCUUCGACGAGGACAACAUCCUGAACGAGCUCAACGACCCUCUGAAAGAGGAGAUCGUUAACUUUAACUGCAGGAAACUGGUAGCCACCAUGCCUCUGUUCGCCAACGCCGAUCCCAACUUCGUCACCGGAAUGCUGAGCAAGCUGAAGUUCGAGGUCUUCCAGCCCAACGAUUACAUCAUCCGCGAGGGCACCGUGGGGAAGAAGAUGUACUUCAUCCAGCACGGCGUCGCGAGUGUCAUCACCAAGCACAACAAGGAGAUGAAGCUGACAGACGGAUCGUACUUUGGAGAAAUCUGCCUCCUGACGAAAGGACGUCGCACGGCUAGCGUCCGCGCCGACACGUACUGCCGCCUCUUCUCUCUCUCCGUCGAUCAUUUUAAUGAAGUGCUGGAGGAAUACCCAAUGAUGCGACGCGCCUUCGAGACCGUCGCCAUCGACCGCCUUGACCGCAUCGGGAAGAAGAACUCCCUCCUGCUUCAGAAGUUCCAGAAGGACCUGAAUGCUGGCGUGUUCAAUACACAGGAGAACGAGCUUCUGAAGCAGAUUAUCCGACAGGACCGGGAGAUGGUGAUGAUGGUGGAGAGGAAGCAGUCGGUCACAGGUGCGAAUUCGACCCCCAUGUCCGGAAAUUCCAUCAUUAACUCUCCGGCUCAGCCUCCUUUCGCCAACAGCCAGUUCCAGCAGCAACCACAAUCCUCACCCAUGACCCCUAUGCCUCCCAUGAGCUACAGCACCUCGGCGUCCAUCCUCCCUGCGGCUCGCCUAGCUGGGAGCGUGGCCUUCUCGUCGCCAGGCAACCCAGCCACGCCCCUACAGCAGCAGCCAAUGGCCGGAGGCGUCAUGUCGCCCUGCUCGUUCACGGCAGGGCGAACCUUCCAGUAUGGAUCGCCCACGGCUUCACAGCUGUCCCUCGUGCCCCAGCUGUCAGCCGUGACAACACAGCAGCAGCAACAGCAGCAGUCGUCGCAGCCGCAGCAGGCGUCCCCGCAAAGAAACGAGGUUCAUAGCAGUCUUAGCAGGGACGUGCGCCAUCUUUCGGCCUCUCAGCCCUCGCUGCCUCAUGAAACCUCACUAGCCAUUAGGCAACAUCCAUCCUCUGGAGAAUCUUUGGCAUCUAUCCAGCCCGCAGCAAGCCCCUCCCCACAGGCCCCUGGCUCUGCCCCACAGCAGGGCACCAUUCGCGCCACGGUCCCUCCGAGGGUGGCGCUUUUCCGACAAAUGUCAUCAGGCGCGCUACCACCAGUGCGAGCGGCACCCUCUACGGUCCAGCACAGAGAUCCCAUGGGAUCCCGGAGAGAGUCGGCCGUCUUAAGCAGCGGCACUGAGACUGAACAAGACAAGAUGCGGUUUGCGUCGAAUUUAUGAUUUUUCUUUUUGUUGUUCUUCCUCAUUUAUUUAUUGAUUGAUUUUUUUUUUAAAAAAUGAUUUUGCUUCAUUUUUAUGGAGAUGCGAAAAAAAAGAGACGAGUAUUUUUGUUUCUUCCUCCAACCAACCUCGUAGAUAUCCUGUACAGACUUACCCUUGUAUUAUAUUCUAUUUUAGAAACCUUUCCCCUUCAACGUAAGAAUGUAUAUUAUACAAAUAUAUACGUGUAAAUCUAGAAUAUUUGGCACUGCCUAUAUGAAAAAAAGGCGGGAAAACACUAGUAUAAAUGCAAGUCUUCCUUUCUGAUAUGUAUAUAUGAUGGACGUUGGAUUUUUUUCCUUUUUGUUUUUUUUUUCCCUGUUUGUUUGUCUUCGUUUUUGUAACUGGAAUGAAACAUGAUAGCUGGCAAGCUGUUUUGUUUUUCUGGAAUUGAUUCCUUAAUUUUUUUUUUCGAGGCGAUGUCCAAAUACAAGUUCAGCAUUCAGCAGCUUUUUUGGCAUCACUGUGGAAAACCUACACGCAAAACCAAUACUGGCGCUCAAAAAAAAAAAAAAAAAAGCACAUUCAUCAAUCUGGAUAUUUGUCAGGAAGAUGGAGAUUACGAGGAGGAAAGAGCGGGUAAACGCGGCUCUGAGUUUCUACUCUGCAAUACAACAGUCCAGUAACUGAAGUGUAGUGUUAAGACCGAGGCAGUGUUACGGGAUCAAAGGGAAUAAAAGUUGCUGAUUUUUUUUCUUUUCA